CACUAGACACUUUUGGAGUCGGGCGAUUGUUGCGUUUGGUGUCUGCACUCGAGAAGAUGCCUGUGGUGAUCCGCCAAGAUUUGAAUCUAUGAUGUUCAAGGGUAAUCCUGCACCCUUUUAUCAUCAUGGGGACAGAGUCGAAUUUAAGUGUCGUUUAGGAUACAAGCGUAUUGUACCUUUUCUCGCUACCACCGCUGUUUGUCAGCCUGAUAACACUUGGACACCCCUCCAGGAGGCUUGUACAAAAAAAUCAUGCCCACAGCUAGGAGAUCCCACAAAUGGUCAAGUGGUCUACGUAAAUGGAACUUACCAGUUUGGUUCACAGGCUCACUAUGUUUGUAAUGACGGUUAUUACUUACUUGGAACAAAAAUUGUAUAUUGUGAAAUUUCUGGAAAUAGUGUGGAAUGGAGUGACAGUCCUCCACAGUGUGAAAGAAUUUUAUGUCAACCUCCCGGAAAAAUAUCAAAUGGGAGAUAUACAAAUAGCUACAAGGACAUAUUUGAAUAUAAUGAAGUAGUAAUUUAUAGUUGUAAUCCCUCAAAUGGACCAGAUGAAUAUUCACUUGUUGGAGAGAGCAGGCUUAUUUGUUCUGGGCAUAAUGAAUGGAGCAGUGACCCUCCUCAGUGUAAAGUGGUCAAAUGUCAAUAUCCAGUACUCAAGAAUGGAAGACUGGUGGCAGGAUUUAGAAAAAAAUAUUACUACAAAGCACAGGUUACAUUGGAAUGCCUGGAGGGAUUUUACCUUGAAGGCAGCAGCUUACUUACCUGUGGAGCUAACAGUAAUUGGGAGCCUAAGAUACCAAAAUGUAUUCAAGGACAUUCCACUACCAGUAAUAAAUCACCAUCUAAAGACAUUGAGGAUUUCGUUCCUGGUCUUGUGGAAAUUGGCACCAGCAUGUACAAAUAUCCUAACAUCAGGAAGACAGAGUAAAUUAAACUUGUUUCUUGAGUACAUUGGUGCUUGUCACUUGUGGUAU